UGGUAAUAUCCUGCGAUGACUACAGACAAAAAUCUGAAAGAAAUCCUUCUAGAUAUACUGGACAAUCUCUCAGGGGAAAAGGAAGGAGAUCUUGAAAGAUUUAAAUUCAGCUUAGAAAAUGCUGACUAUGAAAAAAAAGCACCAAUCCCCAAAGGUCGGCUGCAGGAAGCUGACACUCGGAUGAAACUUGUAGACCUCUUGUGUGAAUACUACAAGGAACAUGAUGCAGUGAAUGUAGCUAUAUCGGUCCUUGAAAAGAUCAAUCUCAGAGAUUCUGCUGCUAAACUCAAGGAGGCAAGAAAGAAAGCUUUGGGUCCUCAGCAAACACCUGAAACAUCAGCAAAUGCUUACAGAGUGAAGUACAGACAACAUGUACGAAACAAAUACACCACAAUAAAAGACAUGAACUCUCGUCUUGGUGAGAAUGUGAAGCUAAACAGCAGAUACACAAAGCUCAUCAUUGUAAAUGAACAUCGUCACAAAAAGCAGAGAGAACAUGAAAUAAUGGCCUUGGGACGGAGACAUGCAGAAAUCAUGGCUGAGUGCGCUAGUCCUAUCACCAUAGCCAAUUUAUUUGACUCUGAUAAAGAUGGACAGUCACCACAAAUUGUUGUGCUCCAGGGAGCUGCAGGGAUUGGAAAAACACUGACAGCAAGAAAGAUCAUGUUGGACUGGGCAAAUGAGGAGCUGUAUCAGAGCAGGUUUGAUUAUGUUUUCUACAUAAAUUGCAGGGAAAUAAACUUGGUCUGUGAGCAGGGAAGUGUUGAAGAUUUGAUUUUAAAGAAUUGUCCUGAUCAAAAUGCACCAACUAAAGAGAUUCUGAUGACUCCAGAAAAACUCCUGUUCAUAAUUGAUGGUUUUGAUGAACUGAGAUUUUCCUUUAAUCAACCAACAAGUAAUCUGUGCUCGGAUCCUUGUAAGAAGCAGCCAGUGGAAAUCAUACUGAGCAGUUUAUUCAGGAAAGAAGUGCUUCACAAAUCGUACUUAAUAAUUACUACAAGACCAACUGCCCUGGAGAAACUUGGGCAGUCUCUGAAAGAUGAAUGUUGUGCAUAUGCAGAGAUCUUGGGAUUUUCUGAAAAUGAGAGACAAGAAUAUUUCUACAAGUUCUUUGGGAAUGAAGAACAAGCGAGAAGAGCCUUUAACUUUGUAAAAGACAAUGAAAUGCUGUUCACCAUGUGCUUUGUCCCCAUUGCGUGUUGGAUCAUCUGCACGGUUCUGAAACAACAGAUGGAAGCAGGUGAAGAUCUUGCACAAACUUCCGAUACAAUCACUGGCAUCUACAUGCUCUAUCUCUUCAGUUUAUUAGAGGGUCACAGCAGCAAUUCAGAGAAACAACAGGUACAAGAUAACUUGAAGGGACUUUGCUCUUUGGCUGCAGAUGGACUCUGGAGGCAGAAAAUACUGUUUGAAGAAGAAGAUGUCAAGAAACAUGGCUUAGAUAAACCUGAUUCCCUCUUUCUGAAUGAGAACAUGUUUCAAAAAGGCAUUGUCUGUGAACGUGUUUACAGCUUCAUUCACCUGAGUUUUCAAGAGUUUUUUGCAGCUUUGUUUUAUGUGUUGGAGAAAGAAGAAACAGCAAAAAAAUCAGAAACUGCUAUACAACCUGUGGAAAAAUUGUUUGAAAAGUGUGGAAAAUCUAGGAAUGAUUUAAUGUUAACAGUGCGAUUCCUGUUUGGUCUCUUAAAUAAAAAGAGAAUGGAGGAGAUGGAGAAAAAACUUAGCUGCAAAAUUUCACCCAAAAUUAAAAAUAAUUUACUAACACAGGUUAAAGAAAAACUCUCUUUGUCAUUUUUCAAAUAUGAUAUGUUGCCUUUUGAUGAGGACACAACGAUUUUGUAUUUUGAAUAUUUUCACUGUUUGUAUGAAAUUGGAGAAACAGAAUUUGUUCAGAGUGCAAUGAAUCAUUUAACUGAACUAAAAUUACUUCAUCAUACCUUUACCAAAAUGGAUCAAAUUGUUCUUCAAUUCUGUAUAAAGAAUUCCUGUAAACUGGAGUCAGUUUAUCUAGACACCUGUACGUUUCUAACUGAAGACCUGAAUGAAGAUUCCCCAAGACCAUGCAAGCGGAGACAGUUAUGGAUAUAUCAGAGGAGAAAUUGGGAUCCCCCUGGUUAUGCUGGAGUGCGGCUGCUGUGUGAGGGACUGAAACACCCAAACUGCAAACUGCAGACACUGGACUUGUGGAAAUGUCGUCUCACAGACGCUGCCUGCAGGGAUCUUGCCACUGUUCUCAGAACCAGCCAGAGUCUGACAGACCUCAACCUGGGUGGUAAUAAACUGGGAGAUGCCGGUGUGAAGCUGCUGUGCGAGGGACUGAAACUCCCGAACUGCAAACUGCAGAGACUCUUAAUGUGGAGCUGCGGUGUCACAGACGCUGCCUGUGGGGAUCUUGCCGCUGUUUUCAGAACCAGCCAGAGCCUGACAGAGCUGGACCUGGGUGCUCAUUAUUCUCUGGGAGAUGCCGGAGUGCAGCUGCUGUGCGAGGGACUGAAACACCCGAACUGCAAACUGGAGAGACUGAAAUUGUGGAGUUGUAAUCUCACAGAUGCUAGCUACAGGGACCUCGCCAGUGUUCUCAGCACCAGCCAGAGCCUGACAGAGCUGAAUCUGAGUCAUAAUAAACUGGAUUCAGUCUCUAAGGUGCCACAAGUUCUUUUUGAUAAUAAACUAGGCGAUGCCAGAGUGCAGCUGCUGUGUGAGGGACUGAAACACCCAAACUGCAAACUACAGAAAUUGGAGUUGUGGGACUGUGGUCUCACAGACACUGGCUUAAGGGAUCUCGCCACUGCUCUCAGAACCAACCAGAGCCUGACAGUGCUCAACCUGGGUGGUAAUAAACUGGGAGAUGCCGGAGUGCGGCUGUUGUGCGAUGGACUGAAACACUCAAACUGCAAACUGCAGAAAUUGGACUUGAAGGGAUGCGGUGUCACAGCCACUAGUUGCGUGGAUCUCGCCCCUGUUCUCAGAACCAGCCAGAGCCUGACAGAGCUGAGCCUGCGUGGUAAUAAUCUGGGAGAUGCUGGAGUGCAGCUGCUGUGUAAGGGGCUGAAACACCCGAUCUGCAAACUGCAGACACUGGACUUGCGGUACUGCGGUGUCACAGCCCCUGGCUGUGGGGAUCUCGCCCCUGUUCUCAGAACCAGCCAGAGCCUGACAGAGCUGAAACUGCGUGGUAAUAAUCUGGGAGAUGCUGGAGUGCGGCUGCUGUGUAAGGGGGUGAAACACCCGAACUGCAAACUGCAGAGACUGUACUUGGGGUACUGCGGUAUCACAUCCCCUGGCUGCAAGGAUCUCGCCCCUGUUCUCAGAACCAGCCAGAGGCUGACAGAGCUGAACCUGUGGGGUAAACUGGGAGAUGCUGGAGUGCGGCUGCUGUGUAAGGGUCUAAAACAUCCAAACUGCAAACUACAGAAACUACAUUUGACGAAAGGGUAUUUAAGUGAAGAAACACAGGCAGAGCUGGAUGCUGUGAAAGACACAAAACCUGACCUGGUCAUAGAGUUACUGGACUGGUGAGCAGGAGCCACUGCACCAAUGCAGCUCUGACCUGGCUGCCCUGCCACUAGCUGAGGGAGCAGCUGGGCAGUGGGAGAGAGAACACCUGCCCCUGUUAAAAUUAAACCCCGCCAGCCCCAGGGACUCCAGCAGCAAAUGUCAACAUUCACGGCACAGGCUGAGUAGAGAUUGUUAGGGCUUAGGAGUAGGAGCUGGGUUUGCUCUAUUCUCACUGUGCAAUGGGGUAGAGGUUUUUAGGGACGAGUCGGGGGGGCAGAAUGGAGAAAGGGGAUCAGGGCCUAGGGGAGCGAGAGAUGGGAGGUUAUGAGAUGGAGGGGUCUGGUAACCUCCCUUUUUCAGUCUAUCAGUGCAGGGGGAGACUCAAGAACCAUCCUUAGGUCCAAAGGGGAACUGUCCUUUCUUACAAUGGUUCAUACUAUUACGUGUAUAUUUACAAGGGGGUUGUAAUUUUACACAACUCCACAGCUAUUAAGUCGGAAUUUUUCUGUAGCCAUCUCCAACAGAGGUUUGUCCUGGAUGUAUAUUUGUGUCAGUUUUGCUGGAGUUCAAUAGAGAUCGCGUAUCAAUAAAUAAUUCUGCACUUUCA